UAGGACCUAAACAGAGUGCACCCGGAACUAAUGCAGUAUGAAGUAAACACAGAAGUCAAAAUUUAAGAUUUAAAGAAGACAGACUACAUUUCCAGCUUUUGACAGAUUCCUUAAGGUCGAUGCAAUGAACAACAUGUCGCCGGAAGUUGCACUGCACAGGAUCUCACCAGAGUUGCGACCCUUACUGUGUAGUGUGGUGCGUAAUGGCCGUGUGGGACUCGACGCCACUAAUUGCCUCAGAGUCACAGACCUCAAAACAGGAUGUACAUCUCUGACCCCUGGUCCUUGCUGUGAUCGCUUCAAACUUCACAUCCCUUAUGCGGGAGAAACCCUCAAAUGGGAUAUUAUAUUUAACGCCCACUAUCCAGAACUGCCCCCAGAUUUUAUUUUUGGGGAAGAUGCAGAGUUUCUGCCUGAACCUUCAGAAUUACCACAUUUGGUCCAGUGGGAUGCCGGAAACCCAGACAGUUUGCUUCAGCUUGUCAAGGAGCUCAUCCAGCAGUACCACCUCUACCAAUGUCAGCGUCUCCGUGAAAGCUCCAGACUUCUCUUUGAGUAUGAUAGUCUGCUAGAGGAUCCUAACUAUGGUCAUAAUAUGGAGAUAUAUGCUGGACACAAGAACAGCUGGACAGGGGAGUUUUCAGCUCGCUUUCUUCUGAAAUUGCCUGUGGACUUCAACAACAUCCCAAUCUAUCUACUGAAGGAUACUGCACUGGACCCUGGAGAGCAUGUGGCUCUUCUGUCUGUGAGCUUUGAGGAUGCAGAGGCAACUCAAGUAUUCCCCAAACUCUACCUUUCUCCAAGUAUUGAACAUGCCCUGGGAGGUGCCUCUGCACUACAUAUUCCAGCAUUCCCCAGUGGAGGAUGCUUGAUUGACUACGUCCCACAGGUGUGCCAGUUACUCACCAACAAGGUGCAGUAUGUCAUCCAAGGCUACCACAAAAGGCGGGAGUACAUUGCCGCAUUCCUCAGCCACUUUGGAAUGGGAGUGGUGGAGUAUGAUGCCGAGGGAUUUACAAAGCUUACUCUUCUACUCAUGUGGAAAGACUUUUGCUUCCUAGUACACGUGGAUCUCCCACUGUACUUCCCAAGAGACCAGCCCACCCUCACGUUCCAGUCCGUGUACCACUUCACCAGCAGUGGGCAGCUUUAUUCUCAAGUGCAGAAGUCAUAUCCUUACAGCCCACGCUGGGAUGGCAAUGAAAUGGCCAAGAGAGCAAAGGCUUACUUCAAGACCUUCAUCCCGCAGUUCCAAGAAGGAGCCUUUGCCAAUGGCAAACUGUAAUUCCCUGGGGCUCGAUUGACAUGCCUGUGGUCCUGCGAAUGUGUUGCUACACGCCAUUGCGUACCUGUGUGCACGCAUGCACUGCCACAAAGAAGGGGCAGAAAGUCAGCAGCAUAUUCCACAAAGUUGCUCUAGUACAAUUUACAAAAACUGUACUUUAAUUGUAACUUACUGUAUUGUAUUUGAAUAUUGUAAUUUCUCAUUGAACUGAUAUGUUAUUUUCAGCACAUCCACUAUGUGAAAACAAAACUUUUUUCUACUCACUUGAGAGAGUUACUAAAUUCUAAUGCGAAAACUGAACAGACGAUGUAGCCAUUUUUUAUGUUAGCAGUACAGCUUGAAUGAAAUACGCAAGCUGUAAAUUUUCUCUCCUUUUUGUCUGGCACUGUCCAUAUUGUCAAGAUGAGAUGACACCCUAGCACUGAGGGAUCCUGCUGAACAGGUUCUAGCUGGUCGUGAUACACUUUUUUUUUUGUUGCUGUUAUUUGCUGGUUUUUUUUUUUUUUUUUAAAUACGAAUUCUGAUGAUAUAGUUGUCUAUAAACUCUCUUCUCUUUUGCUCACAAUAACCAUCAGUUGUUUUUCAUGUUGUUAUGAUCUCUAGCAUUAAUGAUGGAGGGUGAUGUGAUAGAGAAAAUUCUGUUCAGUCUCAGAUCAGAUAGAGUGGUACCUCGACAUAUGAUCGCUUCGAACACACGAUCUUUUCGACAUGCGACGUAAAAUUUGACUCGCCAUUUGUUUCUACAUCUGACGACAUGCUGUAAAUACGACGAUCCAUGACAGCGCCGCAGUUUCUUUGUUUUCCCGCAAGACGGACGCAUGGCAGAUUUUCUUGUGAGAGGAAUCAACGUGGGUUUCAACAAUGUUAGUGCAGGUGGUGAAAAAAAGGUGAUGCUUACCGAUACCAUUGACAUGAAGAUAGAUGUGACAGGAAAAUAUGAGCGUGGGGUGCAUCGCCAACAUCAUCAGGUUUCUAAUCAUUUAUUCCAUCAACUUGUGCCAAGUGUCCCCCGCAGCAAGUAAAUAAAGUGAAAGUGGAACUAAAAAGGCACACUAUCAAGUCAGCCAUGCGAUGUGUUCAGGUACACCAAGCAAACACAUUCGCCACAUUAGAACCCGGUUUGUUACAUUAUUACAGGUAUUAUUAUUAUUGCUAUUAUUAUUAUUCCGAUUUUUAUUCAUAAUGAAUUUGUUUUGCUCUUUGUAAUUGAUAUUUGCAAUAGUAACAUCAAUAUUUAUUGAGAAUUUAGUGUAGGUUUUCGGGCUGUGGAACGAAUUAAUGGAAUUAUAAUGUAUUCUUAUGGGAAAAUCUUGCUCCACAUACGACCAUUUCGAAGUCCUGGAACAAAUUAACUUCGUAUGAAGAGGUACCACUGUAUUUGAUGGGCUUGCCUAUGCCUUUAUGCACACAAUGGGAAGGAUAAAGGCCUACCAAAAACUGUCUCCAAAAAGUUAGAACCAUGAAAUUGUUGAAAAUCAAAUCUCAUUGACAUCUCGACAAUACCAGUAGUUACUGCACAAUGUGCUUCUGUCUCAUUUAAGAGGUAAGUUACACUAGAUCAGGGGUAGGGAACCUAUGUCUUGCAAGCCAUUUCUGGCUUUUUUGAUAGUGCAUCUGGCUCUCCUCCAACCCGUAAUUUCAAAUGUGGAACCAGCCGGCUCAUUUGACAUGAACGUGCUGUGAUUAGCUGAUGGUCCAUUCACACAUUUUUCUUGGACCUUCAAACGUACGUCACAAUAUUAUGUUUCAAUUCACUGCCCAUUAGUGGUCCUCGCGUCACGAAUUGCACAGAGCUGGACGUAAGUACAGAGCUUGUCCUGCGCCUUAAAUCUCUGCUUAGCCAGAAGCAGGGCUGGCCGCUCCCAACUCAAUGCCGAGCGAUCUGGAGUACAUAAAAAUGCGUAAAUUAAACAGCCAAAGUGAACUGCGUGGUACCUCAAGUCUUAGAGGUGCGCAAUCAGUUUGACUUCCAUGACUUUUUCGCCUGUCAAAAUUGUCGCUUUCCCUAGUUGCGGUUUUACACUACCAGGAAAUAAAUGCAGUGCCACAC